AUUUAGCGUAACUCACAAUCCCAAAGUAGCUAAUUUCGACAUUUGACCAUGUCUUGUUUGGACUCCAUCAAAGCUCUAACCUUUAUAUCAUCUUCACCAGUCUAUGCUGUGAAAUCACACUCCUUUCCAAGUUUGGCAGCCCGCAACUCCCUCGUGCCUGCUAAAAACCUCAAAACCUUCCCAAGAUUUGCAGUAAUGGAGCUCAAGGCAUCUCAGGCGCCACCACCAACAAGGUAUGCGGUGGUGACAGGAGCAAACAAAGGCAUCGGCUUUGAGACUGUGCGCCAGCUGGCAACCGCCGGCGUCAUCGUUGUCCUGACGGCCCGAAACCAAGAAAGGGGAUCGGAGGCCGCGAAGCAGCUACAGGAAUCCGGUCUGUCUAAUGUAAUAUUCCACCAGCUUGAUGUUCGAGAUGCACAGAGCAUACAAGCUCUUGCCAAGUUCGUGGCGCAACGAUUUGAAAGGCUUGAUAUUUUGGUAAACAAUGCUGGAGCUUCUGGGGUAGAAGUUGAUGAAAAUGCGCUUAAGGCUUUAGACAUUGAUGCUGCAACAUGGCUGGCAGGUAAGGCAGUGAACUUGAUUCAAGAUGCCAUUAAGACAACCUAUGAGAAGGCAAAAGAAUGCAUAGACACCAACUACUACGGUGUCAAGAACGUAACCGAAGCCCUUAUUCCUUCCCUCCAAAAGUCCACCUCAGGAGCAAGAAUUGUGAAUGUCUCUUCCCUAAGGAGUGAGUUAAAUCGUGUCCCUAACGAGGACAGAAGGAAAGAACUUGGAGAUAUCGACACAUUAACGGAAGAGAAAAUCGACAGAAUACUUCAACAAUUUUUACACGACUUGCAGCAUGGUGCGCUAGAGGCCAACGGGUGGCAAAAGAUGCUACCGGCAUACAGCAUAUCUAAGGCUACUCUAAAUGCGUACACGAGAGUUCUGGCCAAAAGAUAUCCUGAAAUGUGCAUAAACUGUGUGCAUCCAGGGUUUGUGAAAACGGAUAUCAACUGGCAAACGGGGACCAUGACUGUGCAAGAAGGAGCCGAGGGGCCCGUAAUGCUAGCCUUGCUGCCUGAGGGAGGCCCCACUGGCUGCUAUUUUGACUGCACGCGUUUGGCUGACUUUUGAUUUUUUACGUGCGAAAGUUGUUUAAACAUAAAUUUAAUUCGAUGUGUCUUUUGGAUUGUUAGAUGAAAAGAAAAAAAGGAUCUUGUGAUGAUUCCUAGUUGAGGGAAGGCAUUGUUGCAAAUUGUUUGCCUGUACUGUUUUUCUAAUAAGAAUUGUGUGUACAACUGUACAAGUGGUAAUCACAAGAACCUGGUGAAUUGUUUCGAGUUUGUGUUUAGAUGGGUUCUAACAGACACGUUAAAGCUCUAAAACGAAACAAAGAAUUACAUCCAAUUUUGGCUCAGAG